CUCACUAAAGUCCAAGUCUUGAUUAAGGGAAUAAUUAUAAACCUUAUGCAAGACGAAUAAAAGCAUCGCUUACCUAUAAAAAAACUAGUAUAUAAGAGUGACUUUGUUCCAUCACCACAAACGCCAUAGCCAUAACAACUUUCUCACUAUUCCUUACGGCUCAUAACAAUGGCAUUUUUAGCUACCAUUUCUGGCCGUGAAAAUCUGCUCCUUUCUAAUACCCUAAACAAUAACUUCACUUGCAGUAGAAAGCCCCUACCUAGCCACUCUUACAGUUUCCUUCGCAAGAAAAUCCAGGCUAGCAAUGUCGCGAACUCGUUCCAAACUUUCCAAGUCAAAGACCAAGAAAUUUCAUCCAAGACAGAGAAAUUCAUCUUGCCUAAGUUUGACUUUCAAGAAUACAUGGAAAUGAAGGAAAUCAAGGUAAACAAAGCACUAAAUGAUGCAAUACCAAUGCAAGAGCCUAUAAAAGUUCAUGAAGCCAUGAGGUACUCACUUCUAGCUGGUGGAAAGCGCGUCCGACCGAUCCUAUGCAUGGCUUCUUGUGAAGUUGUAGGAGGGGAUGAAUCCUUAGCUAUUCCUGCAGCUCUUGCAGUUGAGAUGAUUCACACCAUGUCACUGAUCCACGACGAUCUUCCCUGCAUGGACAACGAUGACCUACGUCGUGGCAAGCCCACGAACCACAAGGUUUUCGGGGAAAACACAGCAGUUCUUGCAGGGGAUGCACUUUUGUCUUUGGCCUUCGAACAUGUAGCUACCAAGACUCGAAACGUAACACCCCAAAGAGUGGUUCAAGCCAUUGGGGAAUUGGGUUCAGCUGUUGGCUCGGUAGGGCUCGUGGCAGGGCAGAUUGUGGACUUAGCUAGUGAGGGAAAACAAGUGAGCCUAAGUGAAUUGGAGUAUAUUCAUCAUCAUAAAACAGGGAAGCUUUUGGAGGCUGCUGUGGUUUGCGGGGCAAUAAUGGGGGGAGGAAAAGAGGUUGAUGUGGAGAGGAUGAGGAACUAUGCUAGGUGCAUUGGGUUGUUGUUUCAAGUGGUAGAUGAUAUUCUUGAUGUUACUAAGUCAUCAGAUGACUUGGGAAAGACUGCUGGUAAGGACUUGAUGACUGAUAAGGCUACAUAUCCUAAGUUGAUGGGGCUAGAAAAGGCUUGGCAACUUGCCGGUGAGCUGGUGGCUAAGGCCAUGGAUGAGCUGAGCUACUUUGAUGCCGCCAAGGCGGCACCUCUUUAUCAUCUUGCUAACUAUAUUGCACAUCGCCAGAAUUGAUAGGCUGAAUAGUUCAUGAUGAAAACAAUGUGUAUACCCCUUAAAAAAACCAUCUAUGGAAGUAAAGAUAAAUGUGAUAGAACUGAACUUUGUGUAUAUUUCUACUUAUGGGACCAGGUAAAAGAAUACGACACAUGCCAUAUAAUAGGGAGUCCCAAGUUCCUAAUAGGCAAGCCUGGUAACGAAGUGGGGAAAUUUUCUUUUUGUGGGGAUUUAGUGAUCGCAAAGAGCAUUGAAAGUUAUCAGAUUCAACAAUAUUUUCACAAGACAGAAGUUCAAACUCGCCAGAAGUGUGCAUGACAAAGAAAUGUCAAAUCAUAUAGUACAUGCUUUAAUCAAAAUAUAUCUGCAUUUUGCAGUGUCUUCCAAUUAAAACUUUGUACCGGGAA